GGCAGUGGCCAGAAAUCUGACGUGGAUUUGAGCGAGUGGCAGAGCGCCGUCUGUCUGUGUAUCCUCGCCCAAGCAGACGGCAGCGUCUCCGUACGUCAAAAAAGAGGCCUUUUCUUCGGAAGUUCGCAAGUUCCGUCGCAACCCCUUCGACAAUGUUUCUCUGGGAUUGGGUUACCGGUGUACUGGGCUACCUGGGCCUGUACAAGAAGUCCGGCAAGCUGUUGUUCCUGGGGCUGGACAACGCUGGUAAGACAACUCUGCUUCACAUGCUCAAGGAUGACCGCUUGGCACAGCACGUCCCGACUCUGCACCCUACAUCCGAGGAGCUUUCUAUCGGCAACAUGCGCUUCACCACCUUCGACUUGGGCGGUCAUCACCAAGCCCGCCGCGUCUGGAGAGACUACUUCCCCGCCGUGGACGCGAUCGUGUUCCUGGUGGACGCCUGCGACCGGGACCGCUUCGUCGAGAGCAAGAAGGAGAUGGAUGGGCUGCUGACAGACGAACAGCUGAGCAACUGCCCCGUGUUGAUCCUGGGCAACAAGAUCGACAGGCCGAACGCAGCCUCGGAGGAUGAGCUGCGCCACUACUUCGAGUUGUACAACAAGACGACCGGCAAGGGCAAGGUGGCCCGGGCCGACCUGAGGGACAGGCCCCUCGAGUUGUUUAUGUGCUCUGUGCUCAAGCGCCAGGGGUAUGGUGAGGGCUUCCGCUGGCUAGCUCAGUACAUCGACUGAAAGUGCUGACCAAAGUGACGAUGGGCCUGGGACUAUACUGGUGUGCAUCGAUUGUGUUAUGUCAUUGAUGUGUUGUUUGCAAAACGAAUAGGAAUCGUGGAGAAUGCAGUUUGACCGCUGCUUUGAAGAACUGUCGCAAGAUUCCAAUGCUUCCAGAUACAAUUUUGCUGGAGUUAUUUUGCCAGAGAGAAAAUUAAUGAAUUAAUUGAUAUUGAUCUGAUGUUAAGAAUGAUAUAAUCUUAAACAUUUCAGAAUCAGACGAGAAAAUGUAUUUUUCUAAAUAUUGGCUGAGUAAUGAAAUUGCUCAAGUUUAUCUUGCUACAAACAUUUUGAAAAAUUCCUGUUUAAUUCUCUGAAAUCGAAAAAAAUUGCACAUUCUCACUCUUUCAGACUGAAAUUUGUAUGUCUUCUGUGAUCCUGUUAUAUGAGGCCUAUUUAAAUACUUGAUUUCAUGGAGCUCCUUUAAGGUUUUUCUAAAUCUGUUUAUAGUUCGUCUCCCUUUUUUGUUUUCAACCUUGCUUCUUUCUGCCUUGUUUACGUCAAAAUUUCAGAUCCCCUUACAAAGAAGGGUUUGAUAAUGCAAUCAGAUACUACUUUUGAUAAUUUCUGUUAAGUAUGUUUGGGUACCAACUCAAAGUGCCAUUUUCAUAUCAUUGCUUUGUUUUUAUGUCUUCACAUUCUACCUAUGGCUGUACGUUGACUUCUCUAUUUAUUGAACGACUUAUUUCCUUUUUUAAACCAUUCCAAUUAGUUAAGUCCAAAUCUGUCUGAGACAAUACAUUCAGGAAAACAACCAUAAUCAUCCAUGGGUAUUGAGGCUAUGUACUAACUGUAUAUUGCUGAACCCGUAUAUAAAGAAGUGCAGCUCAGUUGGUGAUGUACAUGUGUCAGACUCCAGGUUUUUAUUGUUAAUAUUUAGAAUUGCUUGUUUGGGCAGGAUAAUCCUGCCUCUGACUCUGUAUAUAAGGUUGUGAAGCUGUUGCUUAACUGUAACUCCUGCAUUUGUGUCAAACAAUGUCUUAAUCCUUUCUUAAGACGUCAUGUUCUGUGAUCAAGUAAUUUCAGGUGUAAUCCCAAAAGUGAAAUGAUGCUUCUUUUAUAGUUAAAUAUUAUAUAAAUUUUAAUUA